AUGAUUUACAGUAACACUAAAACCAAUCACCACAUCGCAAAUAAUGUCCCCCACAUCAGCGACGAGCAUAUCUUUUCCCGUGCAAUAGUCAUACCCAACCAUUCAAAUCAUGUUCAAAUUGCCUCUGAUGAUGGCCAUAGCGGCUGGAUCGAUCCCUCCUACCAUCGCUAUGCAACGGCAGCGCAUUUGCCCCAUCAGAUGGCUCCUCAGGUUUCACCGCAAAUUCCAUCGGCAGCACUUGGUUCUCAUUUGCCGCAAACGAGCCUCACCCCACAUGCUGGCUCUUCCGAAGCCAUGGCAAAGGGAGCUGCACAAACCACAGAAGAUGCUCAUCUUUCUGCUUUGGCUCUGACGCGAUUGCUGCAAGGCUCUGCAGAGGAAGUGUUGGCUUUUCUUUCUUCCGAGCAACUUAUCGAACUUGGUCGGAACGUGCGCAAACUCAAGCGGCUUGCAUCGACAGAUGCCAUCUCCAAGAAGCGUCUUCUGGACCGCCACGUGAUUCCACACUCCAGUCGACUGCAGGAGGCCGGGGGAAAUGCCCUUAUCGAGACCCCGGAUAAGCUUUCAAUGAUGAUCAAUGUGGCCACAGGGGGAGAGUAUGCCUCGUGUGCAGGGCCGUCUCUUUUGAGAUUUGUUUACUCCUCCAGAGGUGCCUUGCAGGAAUAUUGCAUCAAGGCGGACAUUGAUUCGAUUGCCUCCGACUCGCUGCCCGAAUCGUUCAAGCUAAAAAAUUGCGUCUACCGACGGGCCAUGGGAGACCGGUCGCAAUAUAAGGGCAACCGAUACGAAUAUGAGACCUCUGUCAACGACAUUGCAUGGAGGCUGACAUGGAUUAACCUUGACACGUUAGCGGGAAAGCGGGGGCUCAUUCAGCGGGCAGUGGACUCGUAUCGGAACCGAUUUAAUGUUUCCCGCUCCAGAAGGGUAUUGCGUCAAGAGAAGCUCCUUAAUGGCACGCUGCGGCGGCGUGCAGAUUCGGCGCCAUAUGUGAUUGCAAAUAGGGCAAUGCAUUACGAACACCAAUCCCACAUUCAAUAUUCUCACGCACAUGAUCCUGCUCUGGCAUGUGCGCCGCAAUAUGCUGCGCCCCAUUCUCCACAUGCUAGCUAUGCUAACCCCUCGCCAUCAUGUCUAUUUUCAGAUAGCCCAAUGCAAUCCCCAUGCCCAGAAGACCCUGCUCCGUGGGCGAAAGCAGCCCAGCCGAGCAGUGGUGAAUUUGACGAGAAUUUUUCUGAUGCUUCGAUCCCUGCAAUUUUUCUUUCCACCAUUUCUUUCUACGAUGCAAGAGGAAUGACGGCCACGCUUAAAGUUCGGCUCGACGUGGAUAGCAUUGCGAACGAUGGCCAUAAAGAUGAAGGCGAAAAAAAGAGCCUUGAUGGCGAAACCGAAUCUGUGCGCUACAACGCCAUCAUCGAUUGCGUAGAUGGCAUUGAGGAGACAAACAAACAGUCAACGCUUUCGCUAAAAGACGAGCUUGGCUACUUGCUUGCAAGGCUCAAUCAUCCCAUCCUUGCGUCCAAUGCGUCGGCCCUGAGGGGCGCUGUUGAUGCCUUCAAAUACAAGGUGCUCACAAGCGACCCGCUUCUAUUUCCAUCCGAAAUCGCGAGCCGUGUUUCGCACUUGAAGGAGAGGUUUGGAUCGCUGCUUGCACCAGUACCGUCGAAAACGCAGCAUUUGUAUGCCACCGGCGACAGAAGCAGUGCUUAG